AUUGUGAAGAGAUAAACCUGUAAUAAACUCAAAUCGAACCCUAGCUUGUCAGCGAAACUCUGCCCGGUUGCGGCGAAUUAUCCGGCCUUCUUCUUCUUCUUCUCUUAGCUUCUCCUCGUCUUUCGAGGCUCUCGUUCUCGAUCUCGAUCUCUGUCUGAUUCAGGUGUGUAUAAAUUUCACAGCUUCAACCGACAUGGCUAGUCGCAUUCAGUUUGAGAACAAUUGUGAGGUUGGGGUAUUCUCUAAGCUGACAAAUGCCUACUGUUUGGUUGCAAUUGGAGGAUCAGAGAGCUUUUACAGCGUGUUUGAGUCUGAGUUGGCUGAUGUUAUCCCUGUGGUCAAGACCUCUAUAGGAGGAACUAGAAUUGUUGGACGACUUUGUGCUGGAAAUAAGAACGGGCUUCUUUUGCCUCACACCACAACAGACCAAGAACUACAACAUCUGAGGAACAGUCUGCCUGAUGGUGUGGUGGUCCAGAGAAUAGAGGAAAGGCUAUCUGCUUUAGGCAAUUGCAUUGCCUGCAAUGACCAUGUUGCUCUUACACAUCCUGACCUGGAUCGGGAAACUGAAGAGCUCAUUGCGGAUGUACUUGGCGUGGAAGUGUUUAGGCAAACGAUUGCUGGAAACAUACUAGUGGGGAGUUACUGUACAUUUUCGAAUAAAGGGGGACUGGUACACCCUCAUACAUCCAUCGAAGACCUUGAUGAACUGUCAACACUUCUCCAAGUCCCUCUGGUCGCCGGAACAGUGAACCGAGGCAGUGAGGUCAUUGCUGCUGGAAUGACUGUCAAUGACUGGACGGCUUUCUGCGGAUCUGACACCACCGCAACUGAGCUCUCCGUCAUUGAGAGUGUCUUCAAACUAAGAGAAGCACAGCCAAGCUCCAUCGUAGAUGAGAUGAGGAAGUCUCUCAUCGACAGUUAUGUGUGAGCUCUUGAGAUUCUAGUUACAAAAGUAUGCCUGGAUAAUAUCUACUGUUACUUUGCAUAUGGAUAUGCAUCGCUCCCAAUGCUAUUUUAAUUUAAAGUCUAUGGAUUCAGACACACUCAAAAUUAUUUAGAUAAGAUUUAGAAGGAAUCUUACUUAAGAUUGUAUGAAUUUAUAUGAUGAUUUUGCUUUA